AAGCUCACAGUCUGUAAGGAAUUCUCCAACAGUCCAUCGGGAAUCUAAGAGUUUACUGGAUACACAUACCAGGACCUUUCUCCAGCUAUGAGUCGGGUUUCCCCACCCGUGUUUGUGUUGCUGCUGUUUGCAGCUGUUGCUGUUGUGAAGGCCAUUUGGAUUCCCCCGAGGAAACCACUGGAGGAAAAUAAAGACUACUCUAAAGUCGAAUCUGUUGCCAGGAUUCGUUCAGAUUUUGAUAAUGGCAAUGGGAAUAUUAUCUACUCUCUAGAAGGCCAUGGUGCAAACCAGGCCCCCUUCCAUGUGUUUGUUGUUGACCCUAUAACUGGAUUUAUUCGGGUGACCAGAACUCUUGACAGAGAGUUCAUCUCUAUGUACAAUCUGUCAGGUGUUGCUAUGUACAAAGAUGGAACAAGGGCAGAGGAUGACGUUAGCAUACCAUUCAAGGUUGUAGAUGUUAACGACAACUCUCCAGUGUUUGGAAUCAUAGAGCCCGGGGAGGUGAAUGAGCUCAGUGCCGUAGGGACUACAGUUAUGAAAAUAACUGCAACUGAUGCUGAUGAACCAGACAAUGAGAACUCUCAGAUCGCUUAUUCCAUCAUAAAUCAGAGUCCAAGUCAUGGCAUGUUUGGAAUAACAAAGGAUGGGUACAUCUACGUCAUAAAUUCUGCCCUGGACAGAGAGGCAGCAGAUCAGUACACCCUGACGGUGAGAGGUCAAGACUUAAAUGGUAAGCCAGAGGGAAACACUGGAACCGGCACUGUUAUCAUCAAUGUCCGAGAUGUGAAUGACCACCUUCCCACUCUGGAAAAAGAUAGGUCUUAG